CAUUCACUCAUUACAUUAUCAACUCACUACACCAAAAAUGGCAUCUAAAAUAGCCAUACCACUUAUUUUUCUAGCCGUGGUCUACCUAGCCGGAACAACGAUCGCCACUGGCGCCAAACCGAGCUUCAUCAAGUCGUCUUGUGCCACCGUUAGGUACCCCGUCAUAUGCGUAAAGUCACUUUCCCCUUUCGCUAAAACGAUCCAAAACAGCCCGGCCCAAUUAGCCCACACCGCGUUGGCAGUAAGCCUCAAACAAUCCCAGUCCACCCAAGACUACUUCAACAAGCUGAAGAGGUUCAAAGGGUUGAAGCCACGUGAACUGUCCGCCAUCAAAGACUGUUUGGAAGUAGUGAGUGAUAGUUUGGACCGGGUAAGCAAAUCCAUCAAGGAGCUCAAGACUUGUGAACGGGCCAAGGGUCAGCAGUUCCUUUGGCAUAUGAGUAAUGUCCAGACAUGGGUUAGCUCUGCACUGACUGAUGAGAACACGUGUACGGAUGGGUUCGGCGGUCGGGCCAUGGAGGGUCGGAUUAAAACUUCGGUUCGGGCUCAGAUCGCUAGUGUUGCACAUGUUACUAGCAAUGCUCUAGCACUUGUUAACAACUUUGCCAAGAAGCAUUAGUUGAUGAUAGGUGGACCCCAGUGUACCACUCUUGUAAUGAACCUUUUUGUUUUAAAAACUAGUAGGUUUGCUAACUCAAUCGUGUUGAGUCGAGUCAGGUCAGUUUAAAUAUUACGACUAUAAAACAUGUAUAAAUACGAUAAGUAUAUUUUGUUGGGUUUGAUAAUUAAUAAAGUUUUGUUGAGUUUAAAUAAUUAAUAAAGUUUUGAUUUGUUUA